AUGUGUAAAUACGCAUUGAUAAACAAGUGCGACAGAGGAGAGAACUGCACAUUUGCCCAUGAUAUAAGCGAGCUAAGAAUAAAACCUGAUAUGAGAAAAACGAAGUUGUGUAAGAGCUACAUUCUAGGUAAGUGUACCGACCAUAAUUGUAUAUAUGCCCACUCGGUUAAUGAGCUCAGGGAAGUUGGGAAGCCUGCCAUUUGUCAGCUGCAUAGAGAAGGUGCGGAUGAUAACAUGAACAACGACAGAAUUAUCAACAAUAUCAACAAAAAUAGAAAUAAGAAUAGCAAUAAGAAUAGCAAUAAGAAUAGCAAUAAGAAUAGCAAUAAGAAUAGCGAUAAUAAAAGCAAUAAGAAUAGCAAUAAGAAUAGCAAUAAGAAUAGCGAUAAUAAAAGCAAUAAGAAUAACUUUAAGAUUAAGGGUAGAUGCAUUAAGGGAAACCAGUGCCGCUUUGCCCACUCGAUAAAUGAUAUAAACACAAAGUUGGUUCAAUUUUACGACAGUGAAGAGAACAUGACUGAAGCAGAAGUAGAAGCAGAAAUAGAAGCAGAAAGUAGUAGCAUAUCAAAUUUCAUUAAUUGUUUACACACGAUAAACAAUGAAAAGCCGACCAAGAUAAAUAGGAUAAAAGGAUAUGAAGAUAUAAUAAGAAGAGAAAGUAGUGGGGAAGUUUUAGAUCCUAUGAAUGCAAAAAGAAAGAGUGAAUUAUGGGAAGUAAAUAUUAACAGGAAUAAUAAUGACACUAGCUCAUAUUCAUCCGUUUUUUCCAACUCGAGCAAUACAUAUAACAAUAGUAACGGUAAUAAUAAUAGUAGUAACGACAGCAAUAAUAAUAUUAACAGUAACAAUAGUAAUAUUAAUAAUCGUAAUAAUAACAACAGGAACAGCGAUAACAACUGGAACAGUAAUAAUAGUAAUCUUGUGGGACACGAUAAAACGAACAAUACCAUUGUGAGGAGUAUGAAUAGAGCAAGUUUAGUAAGACAUUCAUCCCCCUGCAAUAUUUUGCUGAAUGAGCAUAUAAGCCCCCCUCUGUUAUAUAGAAAAGAGAAAAAAGAAAAUUUUUUUUUGAAUCAUAAAAAUUUAAAAAAUACUAAAUUGUGUGCUAUAAGUAUUGGUCCCAGUAACAGCAGCAAGAAGAACAAUAACAACGGUGGAAAUAAUAGCGGCAAUAACAACAGCGGUAAUAACAAUAUCGGCGGAACUAAUAGUAAUGGAAGCAACAGUGGGUGUAACAACCAGUACUCGUCUUAUGAUCAUGACAACCUGUUGUUAGGGAGAAGCAGCAGCAAGAAGAAUAGUCUUUUACCGCAAAGUGUUAACAGCAGAUCGGGCAUAAGGAGCAUGAAAAAGGGAUCGAUCAGUGUUCACUACAGUGGUCAUACUAAUACAAACAAUAAUAGAAAUUAUAGCAUGCAUAGUAGCAGUAGAAACAUGGUAAACAGACGCAUAAAUGAGAAUGUAGUAGCGGCUUCAAAUGGAAACGCAGUAGCAGAUUGGGAUGAAAACAUGGUAUCCCCUUUAAAUUUGCAAUCGUUUUUAUCUUUUAAUUUCCCUGAACGAUCAGAAAAUAACAACUCAAAUAAUAGUGUAAAUAGCAGGAAUAACAAGAUGAAUGGUCGAGAUAUCAUAAGUUAUGAACUAAUGAAAAACUUAGAUAAAAUAGAAAGAAGUUUAAAAGAUUGUUUAACGGUAGAUACUAAUAAAGAGUGCUCUUCUUGGUAUAAUUCUCCUGGGAAUGUUAUUGUUGAUGAUGAUGAUGUACAUGAUAUUCGUAGUAAUAGAGAUAUAGUGAAUAACUCGGGAAAUAGUUUAUUACUUAACUACAAUAUGUGUAAUAAAAAUCAAAAGAGUAUGUUCAACUUAAAUGAGUUCAUUUCUAAUACUAAUUGUCUUAACAGUAGAGGAAAUGUAUGCAGUAUGACAGAUGAUCAGGUAUAUAUGAACAAAGAUAUAUUAAUGCACGACAGAUUUUCUACGAACAACUUGAACAAGAACGACAUUUCCGCGUCAACGUUACGUACCUCUGAAGAGUUAAACGAAAAAGAGGAAGAAGGAAAGUUUAGUCUGUUGUACAACUACAGCGAAAAGGGGAUAACUGGUUCGAGUAAGAAGCGGAGUAGGGGUGUGUGUAUCGGUACUAGCGAUGCACCCAUAAGUAAUACAAGCAGUGAAUGCGCAGUAGGUGAAUGCGCAGUAGGUGAAUGCGUAGUAGGUGAAUGCGCAGUAGAUGGUUGUACAGUAGGUGGUUGUGCAGUAAGUGCUAGCUCACGAAGUUGCGGGCAAAGGAUAACAGGUAAUGAUACUAGCACUAAUAACAACAACAGAAGUGGGCAUGGGAAUAUACUCAGCAUAAUGAGUAAAAAUAAUGCCUCUUUAAACUACUACUAUAAUAUGGAUAAAUCGUUGAAGUAUUCUGGGGGAUUCAUAUCAUAUAAGGAGGGGAAUCAAGUGGACGAGACGAUGAAUACUAGUUGUAGUAUCAUUGGAGGAAAUCCCAGUCUUACGGACGAUGCGAGAGUGAACAUUGCUCCAUCUGAAAGUGCUGAGGAUGUAGCAAAUUUUUCCAAUGAUGUGAAAAAAGGCUUAAAAAAGGGAAGCGAAAAGGAUGGAGAUGUGGAUGUAAAUGUAGAUUUAGAUUCAGAUUUAGAUGUAGAUGCAGAUGUAGAUGCUGAUGCAGAUGUAGAUGCAGAUAUAGAUUUAGUAAUAACGAAAGGACAGAGAAGAAAAGACGACAAGUGCAUGAUGCACCUUUUCUAUGAUAGUAGUAUAGCGUCAAAUACCAAAUCCAACGUUGACAGUAUGAAGAAACCAUUCGAGAACACUGAAAGUUUUAAUUAUUAUAUGAAUGUGGAAAGUGAAAAGACGAAGCAGCAGUUCUUUGGGAGUUUUAGUACAUAUCUAAAUGAAAAGGAAAAAAUUAAGAACAGUUUGCAUACCACAGAUAAUAAUAUCACUGAUGGUAACGAAUUAGGGAGUGCAUACAAAUAUGAAAGUCAAACAAAUGAAGAAGGAGUAGAAGAGCAUUGUGAUGAGAGUAGCACUUUAAAAAGGAGUAAAACGAAUGAGAGUAUAAUAUAUUGUAAAUCUAUGGGAGAUGGAAGGAAUGCAACUAUUAGUCUGAUAGAUGAUGGAAAUCAAGCAGAGGGGAAGGGAAACAGCUGUAAUGAAAGGUACUCACAGGGGGAGGAACACAGAGAAAUGGAAGAACAGCACAAUAUGAUGGAGGAGAAGAGAAAUACGAUGGAGGAAAAAUCCUAUCGAAGUGAUGAUACUUAUAGGAAGAGAAACGAAGAGGAGGAAAGAGAAAGCGAGAAUAAGUUGAACAUGGAGGACAUUAAGAACAAUCCAGCCAUAUAUAAUUUCGAAAAAGAAAUAUUAGAUAAUGAUAUAUCAUCUGUAUUAGAAUAUAAACCCAUGAUCAACAAUAUGAACCAUGUAAAGUGUGUAAACUGUGUAAACUGUGUAAACUAUGAUGACUUAGUUAAUGAUGUUUGUAAUAAGGAGGAACAAUCGAGGAAGCACAUAAAAUGUGGGAAUAAUAUAAUGAAAGAAGUAAGCUAUGAGAAUUUUGACAAAAUAUUUGUAUCUGAAAAUAAUGAAUAUGUAAGUGGUGCAUUUAAUAACAACAAGUGGAAUGGUAGCGAUGAUAUGAAUAAAAGAAACCAUCUAAAGGGGCUCAUAAAAUAUAUGAACCAUUUAAAUAUAAAUAAUGGACCUUUUGUGCACGCAAAUGGAAAUGAUGUACAUGUUGCAUGUGAAAAAAGCAAUAGAGGGUUUACUAUCAAGAAUGAUGACUGUUCCUGUUUAGCAGGUGCCGACAAUAAUGGUGGUUCGAACAGGAGUUAUUUGAACGGAGGAAGUGUGAUCGGCAGAGAUAUAAACUAUGGUAAGAUAAACAAACGUAGCAGUGAUGAUAUUCAUAAUGGUAGUAGUAACAGCAAUGAGAAUGAAUCGAGUAGGUACAACUUUAGGAAUGACGAGGAGAAUAGCAGCGCGAGGACUGAUAAGAAUAGCAGUGCCACUCGGGUUAGUGAUAUAAACCUUAACAACAAGGAGAAUAGUUACUACUAUGAGGAAAGAGAAACAAUAGAUUAUCAGAAGAAGACUUAUGACAGGAAAGAUUCUAUCUGUACACGAAAUGAUGAAAGUAUUAUUAAUAGCGUCUUUAACGCUGUUGCUGGGGUUAUUCAUAGUUACAAGAAUAGGGAUAAUGCUUCCAAUGAAGUCGGUAAUGCUUCCAAUGAAGUCGGUAAUGCUUCCAAUGAAGUCGGUAAUGCUUCCAAUGAAGUCGUCGGUAAUUCUUCCAGUCAAAUCGGUAAUGCUUCCAGUCAAAUCGGUAAUUCUUCCAACCUAGUGGGUGAUACACUCCACAUGUCCACAUUCGUUACAAAUACGAAUAGUAAUAUUUUAAUGAGUUUAUUAAAUGAUAGAAUUGCACAGAACGGGGGAAAUGCAAAUUCUUAUAAAGGGAGUGUAGAAAUAGGUACCAAUGGAAAUAUACUUACGGAUGUAGUCUAUGAGGAAAAUAAGCAUGUGAGGAAUUACAAUAAUGAUCGAUCAAAUAUGAUGGUAAGUGAAUAUGGUAGUGGUAGUAGUGGUACCGCUGUAAGUGUAAAAGUUAGUGGUGGUAGGAGCGGGGGUGGCCAGAAUAGAGUGAAAGAAGAAAUAUACGCUUAUAACAAUGACAAUAAGUACAUAAAAGAAAUAGAAGAGGAGCAGACCAACCCCUGUUUUUACAAUAACAGUAAGGAAGAGAAUGAACAUUUUUCAAAUUACAAUAUUUUGGAGUUGUAUGACGAAACAAAAAGUUUUAUAUAUUCAAACAGGACGAACAGAAAAGAAGGAGAAGAAGAAGAGGAUGACAGUAACGCAUUUUGUUAUAAUUAUAAAAUUCCGAGUGUUGUAUCUAUAAUGAAUAAUAAAAGAAUUGAUAAUAGGGAUUGUUAUAAUGUCAAUGAUAGAAAAGACAUAAAGAAUAAUUCUUUUAAUCAUAUUGCUUCUUACGUUAAAAGGGAAGAGAGUAGUAUAGGUAAAGAAGCAGAAGCUAGUGGAAAUGCGCAAAAUGAAAAAAAGAAUAAUAUUCCUAUUGUCAACAUAGGAGAUCCCAAAAUAGUAGACUCUGUAAAGAGUAAGGAUCACGUACUGACGUAUGAUAAAAAUUUGAAAAAGGAAAAAAAUGCAAUUCCGUUUGUGGACAUAGUUAGGGAUAAAGCUACAAAUAAUAGCGUUUGGAUGAGGGCAGGUAAGAAUAGAAUAUAUGAUAUAGACCUGAACUGUUUAUUGUCAGUGGGUUGUUCUGGAGUGGAUGAGCAUAACGAGAAUAACAAGAAUAGUCAGAAUAGCCAUAAUAGUCAGAACAAUCAGAAUAGUCAGAACAAUCAGAAUAGUCAGAACAGCCGGAAUAGUCAGAACAAUAGUCAGAACAAUCAGAAUAGUCAAAACAGCCGGAAUAGUCAGAACAAUCAGAAUAGUCAGAACAGCCGGAAUAGUCAGAACAGUCAGAAUAGUCAGAACAAUCAGAAUAGUCAGAACAGCCGAAAUAGUCAGAAUAGUUAUUUGAACAAACUUGACACAAAAGAUUUCUUUUUUUACCGCAUGAACAAUUUCGAAACGUCGUCCAUAUCAAAUAACACAAACACAGGUACGACUGGCGGAGCGAACAAUCCUUUUUUUUUUAAUAAUAAUAAUAAAAAUAAGGGUAAUAUUAUGAAUAAAGACAAUAUUAUGAACAAAAGUAAUAUUAUGAAUAAAGACAAAAUUUUGGACAAAGAUGAAACUAAUAAUUUUUAUGCUAAUGAUAGCGUACUACAUUGUACCAUUAUGCAGGAAAAAGGAAUUUUCAGUGAUAACAACUUUGAUAGUAUAGAUACACAUAUAAAUGAGGAUGCAGAUAAUUACGUAAACGCUGUCAGUGCAUCUGUAGAUGAAAGAAAUCUCUUUGUUAACAGCGAUGCAGUUACUGGAGCUGGUACUGGUACUGAUACUAUUAAUGCAGGCGCUACUGCUACAAGUAAUGCUACAAAUGAUAAAAACAACUCCAAGUCAAAUUUUUUAACGAAUGAUGUGUUUGCACAAAGCGGAGGAAAUGUGCUUGUCGAUUCGUAUGAUGGAAAGGGAUGUGAUGUAGGGAGAUACAUGUAUGACGAUAAUUUGUUUUAUAACAGUGCUUAUGGAAACAGUAGAUAUGGAAGUAGUGUGUAUGAAGACAGUAUGUAUGUCAACCAUGUGAAUGAGAAAGGGCAUAAUAGUAAUAGUCAUCUGGGUAAAAACAAGAUACCCUUUUUCGAUUUUAUGAAAGAUGGCUACCAUACCUUUUUGGAAAGUAAUACAAAUAAUGGUAAUACAAAUAAUGGUAAUACAAAUAAUGGUAAUACAAAUAAUGGUAAUACAAAUAAUGGUAAUACAAAUAAUAAUAAUAACAGUGCGUUACUAUUAUCAUCCUCUUCCUUGUCUUUAUUCAAUUGCAAUGUACCCGAAAAUGAGGAGGAAGACACUACUGAUAAGUGGGCGAUGGAAAAUAGUGUAUUCCGAAGUACUGCUUUAAAUAAUAAUUCCUCUUGUUAUGAUAACUUUUCCUUUGAAAAUAAAUAUUUUUCUAAUGAUGAUGACGGUUUUUGUGUUGACUAUUCGCCAGGCUUGAACUUUAGCUUUUUAAACAAAAAUGAGUAG